UUUACCAUGAAGACCAUUACAGCAGUAUUUACAGUGCUAGUCUUUCUGAAUUUCCUAGARAAAAUUUACGGAUUUAAGUUAACAAUUGUUCAUACCAAUGACUUCCAUUCAAGAUUUGAAGAGAUGGACGUUAACGGGAGGAUGUGCUUUCAAAGAGAUCGAGAAGCUGGACUAUGUUAUGGAGGUGUCGCGAGGCGAGCCACCGAAAUCAAGCGCAUUCGAAGUCAAGAGAAAAAUGUAGUACUCCUUGAUGCCGGAGAUGUGUUUACGGGCACCCUGUGGUACGUUGUUUACAGGGGGAACGCUACGUGGAAGUUCAUGAACGAACUCGGAUAUGAUGCUAUGACACUUGGUAACCACGACUUUGACGAUGGACCAGCCAACACUGCUAGGUUCCUCAGUAACAUCAAUUGUUCAGUCGUCAUAUCGAACUUGGACGCCAGUAAAGAACCCACGUGGUCUAGAGAUCCUCCGCUGUUCGUAAAAAGUAAAGUAUUGGUAAUAGGAGGAGAAAAGGUUGGAAUAGUUGGAUAUACGCUUCAAUCGAUAUCAAGUGUAUCUCAUCCGGGACCUAACCUACGGUUCUUACCUGAAAUCGAGUCUGUUAGGUCAGCGGUUUCCGACCUCAAACGCCAAGGAAUUAACAAGAUAAUUGCACUGGGGCAUGCUGGGAUAUUGGUAGACAAGAAGAUCGCUGAACAAGUUGACGGUGUCGAUGUUGUUGUUGGAGGUCACUCACAUACAUUCUUGUAUUCAGGUAAUCCAAUCAAGGAGCAUUCCCCCAAAGGUCCAUACCCAGUGGUCGUUGACUCAAGCUCCAAUCCGGGCCAACAAGUCCCUGUUGUCCAAGACUACGCGUUUGGCCUUUACCUAGGGAGACUGGAAGUAGAAUUUAACUCAGAAGGAAAGGUUACCAAUUGGAGUGGACAGCCGAUUCUAUUGGAUAACAACGUUACAAUGGAUGCAAACAUGCUAAGGGAAAUUAACAUAAUGAAGAAAAAAGUUGAUGAAAUAUCUGAGAUGAAGCUUGGAAGAACUCUCGUCUACCUAAACGGCAAUCCAAAAGAAUGCGGUAUCAAAGAGUGUAACCUUGGUAACAUCAUAACAGAUGCCAUGGUUUUCUACUACGCCAAUCAAACGGCCAACUCUAAUCAGUGGACUGAAGUGAGUGUAGCCUUUCAAAUGAGUGGGAGCAUCGUGGUUUCUAUCGAUACAUCUCCGCAAGAAUACAUCACCUUUGGUCACGUCUAUAACAGUUUACCGUACAACAACACUUAUGACCUCAUAGAACUGAAGGGUACCGACCUCAAAGCUGUAUUGGAAUAUUCUGUGUCUACCUACGACCCUCUCAAUCCUCAAGCAAUAUUUCUACAAGUAUCAGGUCUUCACGUGCAGUACGACGUCUCGAAACCAUCGGGGCAGCGAGUCGUCAGCGUCAAAGUGCGUUGCUCUGCGUGCCGUGAGCCCGUCUACCACCCCCUUAGGGAUAAUACGAUAUACAAGGUCGUUGCUCCCUCCUAUAUCGUCAAGGGAGGUGCUGGAUAUACCGUUUUGAAGGAGAAAACAUUGUCUCGUGUCGUAGGAAGCCAUGAAUCUGAUAUCUUGGCAUUUUAUCUAAAGGCAAAUGAUCCAGUAGCAACAGGAGUUGAAGGCAGAAUAACUUUUGUGGGACGUGAAAGUAUCAGAAGUAUUGAGUGUGUUGCCUGUAUUGAGUCUUUCUUGGUUAUUGCCAUGGUAGUCAUUGCAAACACAAUACCUUUGCUUGCGCAGAUGUCAUAAAUAAUCUUACCUUUUGUUUUAAGUAGAUAGCUGUAGAUAGUUGUCCUUACUUGGUGGGCAACCACUAUAUUUACUGACACAGAAAUAAAGUUAUUAUUAUUAUUAUUAUUAUUAUUAAACGUAUUUUGUGGUUAGAGUCCAGAAAUUUCCGAUGGUUUAAUUAGCGUAAUAUUAAGUCUUAUUUACCACGAUACGUCAACAGUCUUUCCGGCAAAAUGUUGUGUACUCAAAAGUCGUAGCCGUGAGGCGAGUACUGUACCACAACGCCAUUCUUGAUUCACCCUAAGCUAUAUAGACCCUUUGCAUUGAUUUCCUAGAGGAAUUGUUGUGGGGAACUAAACAAUAGGCCAUUCUUUCUUAUGCAAAAAUAACAAAACAAAAAAAAAAAAAAAA